ACGACACGACGCUUCUCCAGCCAUGCUGAGGCCGCGUCCCACACACAGCAACUAGAAGGAUGUGCUGCUAUGACAUACAACUAUCUACUGGGGCUUUGGGGGAAAAAAAUAAAUAAAUAAAAAUUAUAAAAAAAUAAUAAAAAUCUUGGAUAAAAUAUUAGCAAUCAGAAGCCAGCAAUGUAUAAAAAAAAUACAUUAUGACCAAGUUGGUUUUAUCCUAGGAGUAUGAGAAUAGUUUAACAUUAUAAAAUCUAUUAAUUCAAUCUACACAUUUACAGAUUAAAGGAUAAAACAUAUCCCAUUAGACACAGAAAUAGAAUUCAAUAAAAUUCAAUAUCCAGUCAUGAUUUUUAAAAAAUUUGGUAAACUAGAAAUAGUCGUAAAUUUCCUUAAACCAACAAAGAGUGAAAUAAUAGGGGCAUUCUCUAUAAAAUUGGGAAAGAGACAAGAUUGCUCAGUGUUGCUGCUUCUGUUCAAUGUUGUACCGGAGGUCCUAGCCAGAACUGUAAGACAAGAAAAAUGAUAAGAUUAGAAAGGAAUAAACAAAAGUAUCAUCAGUUACAGCUUUAUGAUUGUCUAUUUUAAAAAGAAAAACACACAGCUCCUUCCUCUGCAGAUGACCCAUAGAAAGGACCAGUGGUCCCUGGCUGUUGCUCUGUGGGUGCUAAGGUGAGGGAAGUAGGAGCUGCAAAACCCAGCUGCAGGGCAGGAGAGCCUGGGAUGAAGAGUCAUGCCUCUGUGACAGUCAGAGCAAGGUCAUGUUUGGCCUUGCUACUUACCAUCCAUGUCACAAGUUCCGUCUUGAGCCUCAGUUUCCUUCGUAGAGUAGGGAUGGAACAAUUGUAUCAAUAACCACGUAAUGAGAUUGUGAAAGUUAAAUGUCACCAUUUGUAAAGCACUUAGCAUAGUGCCUGAUACAUAGUAAGCCCUCAACAAAUGUUAGCUAUAAUAGUAAUUAGUGUUAGACUUUUGGAUUCAGACUCCGCUCUUGUCUGGCCUUUAUUCAUUCAUAGGACAAAUCGUGUUCAGCAUCUCCUGCAUGCUGGGUGUGGUGCCCAGGCAUCUGGAGUGCACAGACUAUAUCAGAAGAGGGUCCUGCUUUUCUGGAGCUUAAGGACAAGAAACUUGAGUGUGUGUUGCCAUGGUGAUGGCAGUGGAGGACAGUGUGGUGCAGGUGGUUGUGCGGGUGCGGCCCCCCACCCCGAGGGAGCUGGAGAGCCAGCGGCGGCCUGUGGUUCAGGUGGUGGACGAGCGGGUGCUGGUGUUCGACCCUGAGGAGCCCGAUGGGGGCUUCCUUGGCCUGAAAUGGGGCAGUACCCAUGACGGCCCCAAGAAGAAAGGCAAAGACCUGAUGUUUGUCUUUGACCGGGUCUUUGGUGAGGCGGCCACCCAACAGGACGUGUUCCAGCACACCACCCACAGCAUCCUGGACAGCUUCCUCCAGGGCUACAACUGCUCAGUGUUUGCCUAUGGGGCCACCGGGGCCGGGAAGACACACACCAUGCUGGGAAGAGAGGGGGACCCUGGCAUCAUGUACCUGACCACCAUGGAACUGUACAGGCGGCUUGAGGCCCGCCAGGAGGAGAAGCGGUUCGAGGUGCUCAUCAGCUACCAGGAGGUGUACAAUGAGCAGAUCCACGACCUCCUGGAGCCCAAGGGUCCCCUUGCCAUCCGUGAGGACCCCGACAAGGGGGUGGUGGUGCCAGGACUUUCCUUCCACCAGCCAGCCUCAGCUGAGCAGCUGCUGGAGAUGCUGACCAGGGGGAACCAAAACCGCGCGCAGCACCCCACUGACGCCAACGCUACUUCCUCCCGCUCCCACGCCAUCUUCCAGAUCUUUGUGAAGCAGCAGGACCGGGUUCCAGGUCUGACCCAGGCCCUUCGGGUGGCCAAGAUGAGCCUGAUUGACCUGGCUGGUUCGGAGCGGGCGUCCAGCACCCAGGCGAAGGGGGAGCGGCUGCGGGAGGGCGCCAACAUCAACCGCUCUCUGCUGGCCCUCAUCAAUGUCCUCAACGCCCUGGCUGAUGCAAAGGGCCGCAAGUCUCACGUGCCCUACCGGGACAGCAAACUGACCCGCCUGCUCAAGGAUUCCAUCGGCGGCAACUGCCGCACAGUGAUGAUCGCUGCCGUCAGCCCCUCCAGCCUGGCCUACGAGGACACUUACAACACCCUCAAGUAUGCCGACCGGGCCAAGGAGAUCAAACUCUCGCUGAAGACCAACGUGAUCAGCCUAGAUUGUCACAUCAGCCAGUACGCCACCAUCUGCCAGCAGCUCCAGGCUGAGGUGGCCGCCCUGAGGGAGAAGCUCCGAGUGUAUGAGGCGGGAGCCCAGGCCCCAAAACAGGACCUCCCACAGUCCCCCAAGUCGGGCCCUCCACAACCACCCUCCACCUCACCAUCCCACCCUCCCAGCCAGCCCUGCACCCCAGAGCUCCACCCAGGGUCUGCAGUCCUUCAGGAAGAGAGCCUGAGGACAGAGGCCCAGCUGGAGACGGUCGUGAAAGGGAACUCUUCAGACUGGGAGCAGCCCCCAGAAGACAAGGACAAAGGCCCAGCCAAGGAGGUUCCCAGCCAGGUGCCAGAGCAGAACCUCAGACACCCACAGCCAGGGUCCCCUGGCCUGACCCUGCAGCCUAAGCCUGACGUGGGCCAUCUCUCACCACAGAACCUGAGCAGGGACCAUUCUAAGCAGUUGGCCCUGAAGGUGCUGUGCCUGGCCCAGCGGCAGUACUCCCUGCUCCGAGCGGCCAACCUCCUGACCCCUGACAUGAUUGCUGAGUUUGAGGCCCUGCAGCAGCUGGUGCAAGAGGAAAAAUCUGAACCCAGAACAGAGGCCUCGGGGAGUCCCGGCCCAGCCAAGGGGGCACCUCCAGCUCAGGAGCUGUGUUCAGAGUCAAAGUCUCCAGGAUACUCUGGACCCGUAACCCGGACCAUGGCAAGGCAACUGAGUGGCCUCAUGCACACUCUGGGGGUCCCACCUGGGCCUGACUGCACCCCAGCCAAGGCAUCCUGGCGGACCACAGAGAAGAGGAGGAGACCGAGCCCCUCGGAGCCAGACAGCCCCCUGGACCCGAAACCAGGGACCAAGCGCCAGCGCCAGUCCUUCCUGCCCUGCCUGAGGAAGGCAUCCUUGCCAGAGGCUCGGCCUUCAUCCGGGCCCACCACCCCCAAAGCGGAAAGAGCCUCCUCCCCCUGCGACUCCCCUCGCUUCUGCCCAGCCACAGUCAUCAAAAGCCGGGUGCCCCUGGGCCCUUCUGCCCUGCAGAACUGCUCCACCCCUCUGGCCCUGCCCACUCGGGACCUCAAUGCCACCUUUGAUCUCUCUGAGGAGCCUCCCUCAAAGCUGGGUUUCCCUGAGUGUGUUGGCUGGGAGAAUGUCCCCAAGGAGUUGAACAGGAUGGAUCAGCCCUUCAUCCCCAGUGGACCCAUGCCUCUGUUCACCACGAAAGGCCCCAAGCCAACAUCUUCCUUCCCUGGGACCUCAGCCCGCAAGAAGAGGCGCGUUGUGAGUUCCUCAGUCUCCUGCUCACUAGGAGUCGCCCGGCGCCGCAGCCGCAUCGCCCGUCUGCCCGGCAGCACCUUGAGGCCAGUGGGGCGCCUUGCAAUCCCAGAUCCCCCCUCCAGUCCCCGCUGCCCUGGCAACCAGAUGAGCCAGAAGGAACUGAUGGGGUUUGGGGGAGCAUUGUCAGCUGGGAGCAGCAUCACCAAAGUGUCCUGACCGCCGAUCCCUCUCAGACCCUGGAGCCACCUGCACCAGGAGCCCUGAUGGCCUCCCUCAGCUCGGAGCAAUUAAUGCCAACACCCUCUUCCUUUAUUAACACUCCUCCCCCAGCCAUUCAUUCUGCUACUCACCCUCGUUCUUAAUCUCAUGAUACUCAGCUUAUCAGCGUGUAUAGUCAUUAGUGGGUGUUAACAUGUUGCUAUUUUAAAGGGUGCUGCCAUCAUUCCCCUCCAGUUUAUAAUGCCCUCCAUGCAGGCAGGUGGCUUUUGGGGGCUUUGUCCUGUUCCCAGUCUCACACAGGGCUCUGUGCAAUGACAGCCACUGCGCAGGGGAGGAGGGAGCCCCAGCCCCAGGCCACAGUCCUGGCGAUAAUGCAGACGAUGGUGGCGCCUCGAUUUCCAAGUGAAGACAGCUUUAUUGUUUUUACCCUGUUGUAAACAGGACACCUGGGUGUAAAAAGAAGUGCAAAGAAGAAAGGGAAGUUCAGCCUUAAUGCUACCACCUAUAAGAGCUGUUAAUACUUGCGUUUAUAUCCUCUGAUCCUUUAUUUCUGCAUAUUUACAUAUAUAUGUACAUGUAGAUAUAGAUAUAUUUUUUUAUUGUAAUGAUUAAUGAACCAUCUCCA